AUGGCGCCGACGACGCCCUGCGCGGCGACGCCGUUCGCCGAGGCGAUCGCGGCGUAUCACGGGAUGCUCACCCAGCUCGCCUCGCUCCGCGCGCUGCUGGAGCUCCGCUCGCUUGGGGGGAUCGUCGACUUCGUCGAAGGGUUUGGCGCGGCGCAGCCGAUGUUGCCCGUCCGCUGCGUCGCGGUCGUCGUGCUCUUCGGCAACGACGCGAACGAGUCCUUCCUGUACGGCCCCUCCAUCCAGCAGCGGGUGCUGCAGCAGCUCGCCGAGGAGUACGGCUCCCCGCUCUACCGCCGCCUCGCGGACGGCGACGAGGCCCUCCUCGACGGCGUCCUGCGCUACCGCGUGCACAGAACGAUGGAUCCGACGAAGGCGACCGCCGAGCUGCUCGCGCAGAUGCGGCAGCAAACCCUGGAGAUCCUCCGGCAUUGGGCGACCGAGGCGGGGAAGUGCUUUUUGGUCCACCUCGAGACGAUGCUCUGCAACCGCGGGCUCGCGCAUCAACGCCUGCUCGGCGCCCUCGCCGGGCUCGCGAAGUUUCAGGAGCUGUCGUACUCCACGGAUAUCACGUUUUUCAUGGGCACGCAGCCAGGGGUCGCGCCCGCGGCGGGGUUGGAGGCCAUCAGCCUCAGCACCGUCCUCACCCUCUUCGCGAAUAGCUACGUGCUCCGGACGAUGGAGCUGAUUCUGCAGUUCCAGAUCGAGCUCGACCUGCUCAGCCAGGGCGAGGUCAUCCCGGCGCUGUGGUAUGUCAACUUCAUCCAGCGCGCGCAGAUCGAGAACUUCGCCUUGCUUUACCUCCAAAACACGUCGAAGAUUCCGGCGCAGCGGAUUAACAAGAAGACGCGCGUGCCGCUCUACAACCUCGCCCUCACAACCCGCACGACGGGGGCCCCGGAUGUGGUGCGGCUGAACCUCCUCGGCGCCUCCCGCAUGCUGAGCGACGCCGUCUUCCUCGCCGCCUGCUUGAUGGAAGGGAAAGGGCUGAUCGACCUCACCAGUGGCGCCCCGCACGGCCUCAUCUCCGCCGAAAACACCUUCAACCACCGCAUGCUCGAGUGCUUCGGGCAGAUCCACAGCCCGCCGCUCGCGAGCUACAAACGAUGCACGAGCGCGAAGCCGGAGCUCACGGGCGAGCUCGCCUCUCGACUCCCGCUCUACGCGCGAAAGGCCAGCGAGGCCGCGGAGGGCGCGGCCGGGAAGGCGAAGGCGAUGCUCAGCCUCCGCAGCGGACACGGGGUGGAGCGGGAGCGGCUGAACGCGCUGCGGGGCGCCGUGGAGGGGUUUGAGCGCGCCGCCAACCACACCGCCGCCUCGCUCCGAGCCUUCACCGAGAUCUGCGAGGAUCCCGAGAAGCUCGCGCAGCGAGUGGCGGUCGUGGAGCGGCCGGUGGUGCCCUACUUGUUGAAUUUCGGGUUGCAGGAGAAGGCGUAA